AUGCUGACAUUCACACCAGUCACGCGUCAGCCACAGGAUCCAAUUCCUCGUCGUUCAAAGCCAGUGCGGGUCGCUCUAGUCGGCGAUUCAGGCGUCGGCAAGACGACACUUCUCCAGUGUUAUUUAGAGGGCCGGGAUUUGAGUUCUAGAGAAGGCUUCAAGGUAAAGGCUGAGCCCACACUGGGAGUCGACUACGCAAAAAAGCGCGUCCGCAUCAAGAGUGAAGAGAUAUGUUUACAUUUUUGGAGUCUCUCCGGCGACGCGGCCUUCGACGAGAUGCGAAAAGAAUUCUACAGAGAAUCAGACGCAGUCGUGCUCAUCUUUGACCUCACGUCUCGUGCCUCCUUCGACCGCCUUUCUACAUGGCUUCGAGAUCUGCAGACCCUUCUCGAUGAUCGCCGGUUCACUCUAUUUCUGUGCGGCUACAAAGCGGACUCGGCAAGCCGCGUUGUCGAGGAAAGCGACGGACGUCUGUGGGCCUUAAAAAACGGCUUGCCUUACUUCGAAGUGUCGAGUGCAGGGGGACAGAGUGUAGAUGCACUCUUUGAGAGUUUGAUUCUCUCCCUGCCUCUUAUUUCUUCUUGA